AUGCGCUUGGGGAGGCGGUUGUCCUCCAUGCGCAUAACGAAGCCCGCGAAACACAGUCUCCGUUUGCGCACGGUGGCCUCGAUGGGGUAUGUGUAUUUGGUAUUGAUGGUGGUUCUGAACGAUGUACUGGAGGAAGGAUUUGGCAUAUUUUGGUAAGACAUGGUUGAGGCCUGUGUGCUUCCGAAGCUUAUUUUAAAUUGGUCAAUGAGUUGAAACACAGUUUUGUGCGAGAAUUUUGUUCGAGGUAUUUGUUGACGCGUUUUGCCAGAGUUGUCCGUCCAGAGUCUUUAUGACGUGGCUCUGAUGUAAUGUUGAUCUUUGCUGAGUAUUUUUCCAAGUAUAAUUCUUUGUUUUUGACUGCUUGAGAAUGUGGUGACGACGUUUUCUCGAGAGGGGUGCUUGUUAAGACUCUUAGUGAAGUUCCAUAGUCAUAAGAAGGAGUAACCUGAAAUUUGAGUAUUCGAUAGAUCCGGGAGUUGAGAUGAUUUGUGGAUACAAAAGGUGAAUGGUUUUUGGAUUGUUGCCGUUUUGCUUGGCGAUAUAUGUACGGAGGAUCUCGUGAUCGUGUCUCGUACCGAGUAGGGGGGCUGUUUGUGUGUGUACUCGGCAGGAUACGAAUCUCCGAGAUCUCCGGGGGUUACGCAGAUAGAUAUUGUACAUGAUGGGUGCGAUGGACUUGACGCGUAGGCUCUGCUUGCCUGCCCAUGUAUCUCACUCGUUAAUAGUUAANUAGUACGUGACAUUCCGUACAGGUCUCGAAAAAAAGGUCCCAUGAAAAUGAGCGACACAUGAAAAUAAGGGACAUACACGGGACGGGGAUCCAGAGCGGCCGAAUUCUCCAUCGUCUGUCCUGCAGGGUGCCGAACCGUCGGUGGUCAAGCCGCACCUUUCGACGAAGAGGCAACAGUAUGUCACUUACAUCGUAAAAAUAUCUCCUCUUCAAUUUGAAACAAACCAAUGACAAUCCUCAUGGUAUCCUACAUGCGUUCGUAAGCUUGCUAAAAUACUACUGCGUUGAUGUCCUCUUGUAAAAGCUGAUAUCCAACACAUGCUUUGAUCCAUGCUACAUCUCCGUGUUGGAAAAAAAGCCCUUUCUUCUCCGUUCAUGAUAACAUCUUACCCUAUUCUACGAAAAUCUGUCACAUCUACUCUCAAACAAGACGCCAACUUCAAACGAAAACGCGUUCUACGAUGCGUCUACACUCCAUCCCCAUAUCAUUGGCGUUGACUGGUCCGAGGUCGAUCUUGUUCGCCUGUUUUCGGCGUCUUGACGCCCGCGCAAUGCGAGCUUGUACCUCUGCACUCGCCGAGAUAUGGCCACCUGUGUAGCCACCGAAACGAUCUGAAGAAGUCGUUAUUGUUUCUUCAAGGAGGCGGUUUAGGCUUGAUACCUCUACCAAUCAUCCAUCAUCCCUCAAAACCACCUGGAAGAGAGAAGGCUGCCCACUACAUUACACUUACGCCUGCCCCCCUCUCCUUGCUUUCACAAGCAGCUAUGAUAGUUGUGCUAUUCGAAUGCAUUGAGACCGAGUGCUCAAUAGCUUGAGCUCCAAUCAAGCCAAGGCUCCAUCUACAGCACCUCCACACACCAACUCGAGAGCCCGAGACAAACAGAGAGAAGUCAGAACUACAAGCAAGCUCAGGCCGCCAUGAGUAGUCGACGUAUGCAAACAAGGGCAGGGUUCAAGGUUCUGGAGUGCGGGCGCAAACUACUCCAUGGUGUGGCUGCAACAUACACGAGUAGAGGAAGACUUUUGAUCAAUCGAUGGGGUAGGGCUUCGCAAAAAAAAUACUCCGGAGUAGUCUAUAGUCUAUAUAUUAAUGAUGAAAGUAUGGCACGCAGUGAGUGGUAUGGGUAGUACGUGAUUGUGUUGCGCGCGUGUCGCUUCUUCAUCUGAGUUCUAGAACCCUGGUAGGUUGUUCGUCUGUUGUGUUACCGAAUUCGUCCGGUAUCGCCCCGACCGUUCGAGAAAAGAGCCCUCGGAAACCGAUCAAAAUAAGCGAAAAAUUAAAAUAAAGGAGGACGCUUCCCACACCCGCCCAGAAGAAAAAAUCAAAGGGUAACGUACCAGCACCAGGCACUACGCACCAGGGCAUGGGAGUAACGGAGCAAACAGGGCAAAGAGGCGGCAGAUGGGCAGACAGCAAGACGUACAAAAACAAAGGCAACAGCAAAGCGAGAUCAAGGUACCCAACACAGCAGAGUAGGCAGGGAGGUCAUGCAAAAAAGAAACACAGCACCGAUGCCGAAGGCAAUACAAUAGACAUUCAUAAACAUAAAGGAGUAUAGCAUACAGCAGGGAGGGAAACAGGGCGCAACAACAUCAGCCGGGUACAUAGUUCGCCACAAGUGCUGCCUCGGCCGCCCUACUCGCUUCUACAG